UCUGUCUCUCCUGUGCCUCCGUAGUUAUGGUUUGUUCCUUUUUCCGGACGGUGUGUUGUUUAGUUAACGUUAGCUAGCCUACCUCAUAACGCCAAACGAAUUGUAAUGGUAACGUGUAAGAGGUCAUUUCAACAGUUUUAAACAUGUCAGAGAAAGGCGAAGUGGACUUAACUGGUGCUAAACAGAACACGGGCGUGUGGCUGGUAAAGGUGCCCAAAUACCUGUCACAGCAAUGGGCCAAAGCAUCAGGAAGAGGAGAGGUGGGGAAGCUCCGGAUCGGCAAGAACCAAGGGAAAGCAGAGGUGGCAUUCACUCUGAACGAAGACCUGACCAUGAUUGACAGCCUCGGGGACAAGCCAUCGGGGGUGCAGGCCCCCAGGGACCACCCGUUCACCAUGCAGACUGUAGGAGGACAGACCCUGGCCGUGUUCACUGAGACCCAGUCAGAGUCAUCUAAGGGCCAGUCAGAAGAGAGAUCUGAUGGCAGCAGCUCAGUUUCAGGGACAGGCCCAGAGAGAAUCUCCCUGGAGGGCCUGGUGGUGCAGAGAGCUGAGUGUAGACCUGCUGUCAGCGAAAGCUACAUGAAACUCAAGAGACUGCAGAUAGAAGAGUUAUCCAAGCCAUUGAGAUUGUCUCAGCAACUAGAAAAGGCUGUUACCACCAACUACAAACCAGUGGCCAAUCAUUCCUACAACCUGGAGUAUGACAGGAAGAAGAAGGACGAAGGUAAAAGAGCGAGGGCCGAUAAGCAGCAGGUGUUGGACAUGUUGUUCUCGGCUUUUGAGAAACACCAAUAUUACAACAUCAAGGACCUGGUGGACAUCACCAAACAACCUGUGAGUUACCUGAAAGAGAUUCUGCGUGACAUCGGCAUCUACAACGUGAAGGGAACCCACAAGAACACCUGGGAGCUCAAGCCAGAGUACAGACAUUACCAGGGAGGAGAGGAGGAGAAGGAGACCGACGACUAGCCUGGUCUGGGGGCUCCACCACUAGCCUGGUCUGGGGGCUCCACCACCAGGAGAAGGAGAACGACGACUAGCCUGGUCUGGGGGCUCCACCACUAGCCUGGUCUGGGGGCUCCACCACCAGGAGAAGGAGAACGACGACUAGCCUGGUCUGGGGGCUCCACCACUAGCCUGGUCUGGGGGCUCCACCACCAGGAGAAGGACGACUAGCCUGGUCUGGGGGCUCCACGACUAGCCUGGUCUGGGGGCUCCACCACCAGGAGAAGGACGACUAGCCUGGUCUGGGGGCUCCACCACCAGGAGAAGGACGACUAGCCUGGUCUGGGGCUCCAC